GGACUCACCACCCGCAGGGACAAGCAUCGGGGUCAGUGCCCCGCUGUGCUGAGUGGGCCGACCGAGUCAAACUCUCACAUGCUGUCCAUGUACCACCUCAGGCUAUGCAGCCCUGGUACUAUGGCUGGGGCUUCAACCUGCCACGGGGUCAGGCUCUGCUGGACAAGUGGAACCAGAUCCCCGACAACACAGACAUCCUGGUGACACACUGCCCCCCACUGGGUUUCCUGGACUGGGUCCCGAAGAAGAUGCAGCGUGUGGGGUGCAUGGAGCUGCUGAACACAGUCCAGAGGAGAAUCAAGCCCAAGUUACAUGUUUUCGGACAUAUUCAUGAAGGUUACGGCAUGAUGACCGACGGCACCACAACGUUCGUCAACGCCUCCGCCUGCACCGUCAAUUUCCUUCCCAUGAACGCGCCCAUCGUCUUUGACCUCCCGAACCCCGGGAGGACCACAUGACUAGAGGAGGAUCGCCCCAAAACGCCUGCCGUCGAUCAAGAGAAAAGAGCUAAGAGAGGCAGGUGAGGGUCGGCGAAGCAGAUUCUGUAAAUACAAGGCAGGUGUGUGUACAUGCCUGGAGACGGAGCGGACUAAAGGGAGGGGACGCUUCCUUUUUGCUGUUAUUUUAUGUGCCAUCAUUUCUUCAUCCGAGUCUAAAAGCAGACAAAUGGACGAGUGGAGAGAUGCUUUUCAAUGUGGACAAAUCUCUGUCCUCUUUUACUGCACUGACAAUCUGAUGUGGUCUCAGAGAGACGAGAGAGACACUGCACCUACAUCGAGCCAUGUGACACGUUGUACGUUGUUGUUCACUCACAUUUUAAAUGAGCUGAAACCGUUAGGACUUAAAGUGAAACAACCCAGCGCCUCGUCUACGUGAGUUUUUGGCUGAGCCACGACUCAACAGCAGCGACGUUACAUUGGGCCCCCCAGAGGGAUUUUAACAGAACUUUUCAACCCCCCUCAUCUUCCUUCUGUUUCUCUCCCUUCCUCGGGCCCAGAGAAUGAUUUUUUUUUUUUUUUUUUUUUUUUUUUGCCAGCGUGUGCGAUCAAAGCGAGUGUGUGAGGGCAGCAAGAGGUCUCAGCCAGGGGCUGUGUGAGAGUCGGGGUGUCAGCCGUGUUGACACCGCUCCCCCUGGGCCUCAUUAAAGCCCUCAUAAGCGUGCCUAGAGGAGGACGCGGAGGAAACCACAUGCGACACUUCCCCUUUGUUUAGUUUUUUUCCUCCCCUUUCCACUCUUUCCAUGUACCUCCCCUUUCACCUUUUUCUCCUCUUAUAUUUUUUCCUUUUCUCUCUACUAGUCACGCUGUGAAGGACUAGCAUGGCUUGUUAGCUGCGACUGAGAGGGCUGGCUUUUUGGACAGGUGCUACAUGCUAACGCUACUCCUGGACAGUCAAACUGGUGGUUUACUAGGACCGUACCUCGUGUCGGGAAAGACGGAGACUUCUCACCCUUUUUAAGAAUAAAGCUGUAACUACAUGUACUGUAACUGGUUUAAUGUAAAUGUUCUCUGUCAAUGUAAAGAAAAAAAAAAAGGUUUUCUCAAAGAUUUCCAAGCUGUUGCAAGCUUUUCAAAAAGACUUCAUAUUUGUGGUUGUUACAUUUCCUUCGGUCUAUUUCCUAGUAAUGUAAAUGCUUAUGAUGGUAUUUUCUUCUCUGUGAAGCUACUCUGCCCCAUUUUGGUGAUUAACUCUUUCAUGUCUCUUUUGCAGUUUGUCUGUGUUUUAAAGAAAAAAAACUUUUUUUUUUUUUUUUUCUGCUUUGCUCUAUUUUCUGAAUAAGGAUGUUCUCAGUAAGAGUCUGAAUGUGCUUAGCAUAACAAGACCACGUCACACUUUGAUCUCGCUGCUCUCCGACAUUAUGUAUGAAACGUUCCCCGGGGCUGCAGCUUACACUCGCUUCCUCAGCACAUCAGCAUUCAUUGUGCCAGCUGAUGUCUUAAUGUUUCCAAAUAGGCAAAAAGAAGGAAAGACGCAGCAGAAUAACUUACCAAGAAAGUCUGUGUGUGUGUCCGUGCGUGCCUGUGCGUGUGUGCGGUUACGUGGGGCAGGUUGAGUUCUAGGCAGAUCCUCACUUCUUCAAGGGGCAGGUUUAGUAUGAAGAUUAGGUUUAAAUUAUGGUGCGCAGAGAGUAGGGGCACUGCAGCUUAAUAAAACACAGGCAAAUAUAGAAAUCAUAAUUGCCAAUUUGACAACACAUGCAUCUUAAUGUAGGAAGUCCUAGUAUACAGAUGCUAAUCUAGAUAUUGUACCACCUGCAGAUGAUUGUGAUAAACCUACACAGACACUCUGUAUGUCCAAUAAUACCGGGCCCACACAGUCGGAGUGAUAGCAGUGAAAUACAUUCAUUUGUUAGCUAACUUUUCAACACCACUGGUAGAUCAACAUCAAAAAUGUAAUUUGUUAUAUCGACCAAGGAGUUCAUGAUAUCAGUUUGGCUUGUCUGUCAAUAGGAUGACAGAAAAACUACUCACCUGAUUUUCAUGAAACUUGGUGGAAGGGUGUACCAUAAAAAUGUUGGAGCUGCUCAGAUUCAUGGAGCUAUUUUUAACUUUUAACAUUGCGCGGGCAUUUGGCCUUGGCGGAGCUCUGCAGUCUCAAAGUGCACCUCUAGUUUAUAAUAUGUAUUUGCAGCCCUUUUUUAAAAUGUGGCAUUUGUCAAUUUAGUGAAUAUGAAUAUACUGGCAAUAUUUUCAUUGCAGGUUUUACUAGUAAUUAAAACUGUAGAAGCAGGCGGAAGCCUCAUUGAAGUCCAAAGACAAUGGUAGGUUUAUUGACCGCAAAUGUUGUAGCCUGUGCAGAGUAGGUAAAAGGGUUUUAGAUUUCUAAUUAUGAACAUAAUGAAGUAAAAAAUAGUCCACAAAGAGGUUGCAUGGCAGACAAAGGCUGUUUGCUAAUUAACAGCUAAGAAAGGUAAAAAUGUAUGUCAUGUCAUUCUCGGCUUUGCUGCUUUGAUCUAUAAGAGCAACAGGAUUUAAUUAUUUGAUCCCCAUUCAAGAUAGCACAGGGCUAACCACAAGCCCUGUGCUAACUUGAAUACAGCUGUGGACUUGUAUUGGUUGCGUGCUCCAUUCAUACAAUUGUGGGUCAGUGUCGGCCUGGUGUUCAAGGUAUGCACAUUUCCUGAUGCACACUCCAUUCCAAUUGGUAGCGGUAACACACUAUGACGUUGUUUGCCAGGAGUUUAACGCCAUUUGGCUGUCUUUAUGUUACUGUAAAGGCAAAUUAUUCAAAUGUGGGUAACAGCGGAUCUCCUCGCACAACUUCUCUUCAAAACAUCUUUUUCUCCGACUUUGCAAACUAGAGGCGCAUACACCACCAAAUGGAUGAGAGUGUGGAACGAUACUAGAGCAUGCGCAGUCGGUCACAAAUUUUAAGCUGCACACAGACAUCCACAUGGCGUCCGAGCGGACAUGGACAGAUGACAUUUACAGCACGCAGACAAAAGUGGAUCCUCGUGGUCACGGAAAGUAUGGAUUGGUUUUAAACCGGCUCAAUGCGCAUGCUCAAAGUCAGCAACCAGCAGUGAAAUGACAACAGGAGGUGUCAUAUAUACUGUACAUAUGUAGGGAACCCCAAACGACCCGUUCUGAUGAUAAAUAAUUGCAAAUUGUAAACUAUAAUUCAUUUAGGGUUCUCUCCUGAUGAGAAUACUCUUAAAACUGUAAGUUGAGCAUCAUUAUUAAAUAUAUAUCGUGAUAAUUAUCGCUAUCGAUCAAAUCGAUUGUGAAAAUAUCUUUGGCCAUAUUGUCCAGCCCUAAUUCUUUGCCAUUUUUUUCUAUCACUGCUUAGGUUCUUCAUGCAGAACUUUAACAUUAAAAGCCUACUAGGAAAGGAAGAGGGUGUUUAAUGGUAUGUAAUAUUGUCACGCAGGUAAGAACUAUCUCUGCUCAACACCUUAAGUAUUUAUGAGAAACAAACAGUUGCACCAUGUUCACUUCACGAACUGGUUGUGUUGGAUCAGAAGAAUGAAUCCUGGCACAAUCUAUCAUUACGAUCCAGAGUUUUGGGCAUGGAUUGGGGAGACUUAAGAUGGGGUUAGCAGUAAUAGUCUGAAUGUAGGCAGGAGAUGGUGUUGCACAACGUAGGGUGUGGAUGUGCGUCUGUGCGAGUGUAUUCAAUACAAAUAAUAAGAGAGAGUAAAAGGAGUGUUCAGCUUCAUCGUUUAAAACACAAACUUAAUUAUCAUCUACGGCGUUCCAAGAAAGGAAUAAAAGGGAACUAUUAAAAACCAAAAUAUGGGAGGAACUUUCAUCUCUGUUUCAUGAAGAGCCGUCUGUUUCGUCCGACUCUCCACUUCCAGUCCUCAUUUAGAUGUCUCUUUGAUGCUCCUCUGCUUCAGUAGCCGUGUUAUGUGUGUUUCCUGUUUGUUUUUUUUCCGAGAGGGAAAAAAAAGAAAAAAAAAGUGCUGUACUAUUUCUUGAUUUCUUUCUUGGGGCAUGCUUAAAGGAGUUAAUGACUUCUGCUACUCAGACAAUCUGCAUAUGAAGAGUUUUGUUCCAAAAUGAGAUAUGUACUGUUUAAAAAAAAAAGGGGGGGUGCCACCCACACAUGCCGAAUGAUUGACAGCUUAAACUUGAAAGCAGAAUGUGGUAGUACUUUAUGUGGUACUCAAUAAAGCAUUGUUUGUGUCCUUAGUAACAUGUCUAUUGGCUGGAUACUUCAACGUUACUGGAUGGUUAUGAACUUCAGCUCUUUUUUUUUUUUUUAAUGGACAUAUAACAUUUUGGAAUGAAAGUGUUCAUAUGGUAUUGUAUUUUGCCAUCGUUGUUCGGGACAUUUUUUGGGACAGGAAAAUGAAAACCCAACAACUGCAAAAAUGUAACUGUGUUGCUCCUGGAGACAACUCUAAAAUGUAAAUUACCUCUCUUUCUUAAAAACCACAUGGAUUCUGCUGGUUCUGAGAGAUUGUUCACCGAUUGAAUAAAACCUUAUCUGUGA